CCAGUAGCUGCCGUUACUUUGGUCUUUCGAUUCGGUUUGGGCGUGCGUGCCUGAGCUGCUGCUUCUUGUUCUUGGAAGAAGACAGAUAACCAAAUCAACCGGUUGAGUAGUCUCAAUCUCAUUCUCUUUCUACCCCACACUUAUUUCAAAACCCAGAAUCGUUGCUCUUGCGUCUUCUCCUAAAAUCUCUCAAUAUAUAUAUACAUUGUUUUGAUUCGCCAAUCGAUCUUUGAGCUAUCAGAUUCGCUCUCGAUCGAGCUUUCAAAUUUUCAAUUCACCCAGAUCCAUUUCACAAAUCGAAGAAAUCCGAUUCCCAUCGAUCGCUGAUGAGAAUUGCUUGAAGAACCUACGAAUACAUCUCUCUAAAAGACACUGCAAGAGACAGAAAUGCAUAGCCGGGCAUCGAGUAACCGGCUAUCUGCUUCGGCUUUUCGAUCUCGAAUUUCACUUCUCUUGCUCUCCAUGUUCGCCACCAUGGCUUCCCUCUACGUUGCCGGCCGGUUAUGGCAGGAUGCCCAGAACAGGGUUUAUUUAAUUAAUGAGCUUGAUAAGAGAACUGGUCAGGGGCAAUCUGCGAUAUCUGUUGAUGACACACUAAAAAUCAUAACAUGCAGAGAACAGCAUAAGAAGUUUGCAGCGCUUGAGGUGGAGCUGGCUAAAGCAAGAGAGGAAGGUUUUGUUUCAAAGCAUUCCUCAGAAAAUAGUGGGGCCCAUAAAAAGAAAAAGAUUCUAGCCGUUAUAGGAAUUAUUACAAAGUUUGGCCGCAAGAAAAACAGAGAUGCUAUCCGCAAGGCAUGGAUGCCUACUGGUGCAGCUUUAAAGAAAUUGCAGGAUGAGAAGGGAAUAAUUGUACGAUUUGUAAUAGGAAGAAGUGCCAAUCGUGGCGACAGUAUGGACAGGGAGAUUGACAAUGAAAAUGGGCAGACUAACGACUUCAUUAUACUUAACGAUCACAUAGAGGCUCCUGAGGAGCAACCAAAAAAGACAAAGUUGUUUUUUAUUCAUGUGGUGGAGCACUGGGAUGCUGAGUUCUAUGCUAAGGUCAAUGAUGAUGUUUAUGUUAAUAUUGAUGCCCUGGGAGCGACACUUGCUAGUCAUUUGGAUGAACCUCGUCUUUAUAUUGGGUGCAUGAAAUCAGGCGAAGUUUUCUCUGAGCCGACCCACAGAUGGUAUGAACCAGACUGGUGGAAAUUUGGUGAUGGAAAAUCAUACUUUCGACAUGCUUCUGGUGAAAUAUAUGCCAUAUCAAAAGCUCUGGCUCAGUUUAUUUCAAUAAACAGAUCAAUUCUACGUACAUAUGCCCAUGAUGAUGUCAGUGCUGGAUCAUGGUUCAUUGGACUCGAUGUGAAAUAUGUUGACGAAGGGAAGUUUUGCUGCUCUUCGUGGUCAUCAGGGUCCAUAUGUGCAGCUGUAUAGUUUGACCUACCUGAAGGACAAAAAACAGCAUAACCAAUAUUUGUAGCAGAAGACACCAUUCUUUAUGUGCAUCAGCUAGGAAUGACAGUUUGAUAUGAAUACAAGACCUUGAAGCAUUGUUUCUGUUGAAAGUUGAUCCUGACUUCUUUAGGGAGAACUUGAUGAUACAAGCGGUAUUUUAUGCAAAUAGAUGCUAUAAACUACUCAAAAUUUGGCCAAAAGCUUUGGAUUUGGUCUUCAUACUUAGUUACAUUGAUAGAUUCGCAGUUCUUGCAUGAUGUAUUGCAAUAUUCAUUUUGCUUCAUCUCGAUUCUUGUAUUGCUGAUGUUUUCUCAUUUAUGGGGAUUUUGAAGAAUUGUUAUUUUGAUUCUUUUAAGUCUUGAAUUAUAGAUGAUUCAAUUUCAUCUUGAAGGUUGUGAUGUUAGGACAAAUGUUUAUUUCACAUUAUUCACACUCUAUUGUCAUUGUCCGAAAAUGAUUAAAAUUAUGGAUUCUUGCAA